CCGUUGUUGAUAUCCGAAGUGAUGUAAGACAAUCUUCAAUUUGACAUGUUACAUUCUACAAGAACGAAUAACAUCGUCGCAUUUCGGGGAAGAGCGCAAGUAAAUUGUGCCGUAUAACACAAUAUCAAGCCGACCGAAUUGCCGGUCUAUAUUGUCAAUUUCAGGUUUUCGUUAUCUUAAAUCAACCAAUCAAUACCUAGUGGUAAGUCUUUUGCGAUGUCUUCUGCUUUUCAACGCUGCCAUCUUCUUUGCAUCCUGCAACUUCUUCCAACAUAGUGCGUGGAUUCACUCGGAUGGCAGAGAUGAACAGAUGUCGUCCUCCGACCCAAUCAUUUUUCUGGACCAUCUCUCACACGUGAUGGAUACAGACAUUUGGGUGUGGACCACAUUCAUAUUGAUAUCAAACAACGCAUUGCAAAGAUGACUGCUUGUAAGGUUUGCGAGCAGGGCCUGACGCUAGAACUGGGUGGUGAUGAUGGCAACGAUGAGCCGCAGUUGGUGCCUGACGAUCUAGAACUCAUUUGCGGGUGCCAUUAUCAUUGGCAAUGCCUUCUCGACCAAGCUGCAGGGUUGGCCGCAUCGCUGAGGUGUCCUUCAUGUGAUGCAGGGCUCGCCACGAACACAGCAGGGCCUUCCUCUGGUAGCUCGUUUGUGCAAUCCGCGCCCGGCGCGGCUAUCCUAACAAGAUAUACCAACGAAGGUGGCAUUCAGGAGAACUACGAUAUCCUCCCUGCAGUCACCGAGGAAGCUUAUCUAGAAGCAAACCCCGAGGCUCGUCCUGCCCGUGCCUUUCACAUCAUGUGCAGCGAGGGCGAUGUAGGCGGAAUAGUAGAGCUCCUUCGCGAUGCGGAGCAAGCGCAAGGAGACGAGCCUACAAUGAAUGCUGCAAGCAUUAUUCGCUAUCAAGACCCGUUAGCAGACUUGCAGACUGGCCUGCAUAUCGCGGUGGAAAAGGGGCAAGAGGAAGUUGUCUGGUUGCUUUUAUGGAUAGCAUCAACCCUUCCGACGGGAUCAUUCCCGGGGGAGGCCGUGCAAAUAGCGCAAGCAAUGGGGAUCCAGCGGCCGAGCACGUUGGCCUCGGAAGAUAUCCGAGCACUGGCAGAUAAUCAAGGUCGGACGGCCGAGACGCUUGCAGCAGAGAUGAGUGGUUACUGGGCGAGUCUGGUAGACUCUGGUACUUUACACCCUGAGACCUCACUUUGAUCAUGUCGAGGAUAGCUCUGUUUAAUACACAAUGCCCUCGAUUAUUGCAUAAUUAAUCCCUGCGCACACAUCCUGAAGUAUCCUGAAUUAUCAGAAGUCUUAAGCAAAUCCCCCGCGUGCUAUCUGCAUGUACAUACGCAUAAUUCUACCGACCCGCAUGCGAUGUACGUAACAAAACGCCAACAGGUUUAUUGAAGAAAUCUGCAGUGAUCGCUAAGUGACUAGUCACGUUGCAGGUUCGUGAUCUUGCGCAGGUUAGUACCAAGAAUAGUGUAGUACUGUUAUAGUAAGUAUGUAACUCAAGGCCGAUUUCUACUCCAGCCACUGUAAGACCAACAAAUCCUGCGAUGCUACCAUCCGUUAAUAGGCGAAUACCCACAUAUUCUUUACGUAUAGUUAAUAAAUAAAUUGAUAGACAAUUGUAUUGACCUAGAUAUUCUUAUAAGUGUCUUAUAAUCAUAGAUAUAUAUACCUACCUUAGGUAUCUACCCCUCAUAUUGUAUGCAUCACUGACG